CGCGAGCUGACUGAAGGCUUAACGGUUGGACCUGUAAGGACGGACCUGCUGUUUUGUUGUUUUGUUUUCAGACGAACAUUAUCAAAGAUUUUAAAAGCCUGUAGUAACAUGAGAUGUUCGUCAAGAUAUUUAUAUUCACUUAAAAACAGAUGAAGCAGUCUGUCCGCGUAAACGAAUUCAAACAGCACAUUAGGCCUAUUUGUUUUCCAGAAACAGGGAAGUUUUACAGACUGCGCAACUGAGCUGGUCUUAUCGUAGAUAUCAUGAUCACCGUUAUUUAGAGAAAGUUACAGGCUUCAUUGUAAAACCCAUGGCAGCACUAAACGAUUCCAAAGAGGAUACAGAUAGUAGCUUGAAAAGGAGCAAGUUUUCUAGAUCUUUAAGUUAUUCUGGUGGCAAAAAGAGUGCUUCAUUCAAAGCCAACCACUCAAGUAGUUUUACUGGUUUGGAGGAACUCCAAAAUCUAAAUGAAGCUAGAAAGAAUGUAUUUGAUGGCAUAUGCACACAUCUCCGAAGCCUACAUAAUGAGCCUUUGUCACUGAGAGAUUGGGAGCAGUUUGAGGUUUGGUGUAUCAAUGAUGAGGAAAAAGGAUUAUCAAACAUCACAACUUCGUCUGAGGCAGCCGAUGUAUACCAGAAAUGUAGGCUGUUAAUGGUGGAUUUGUAUGGACAGUUACCAGAUAAAACAAUCUGGAAGGAGGCCAAGGAAUGGUAUAUGGCUCUGCAUUCUGGUUCCUCUCAUCAGAAGAAAACUCAUGAUAUGCCAUGCUCCAAAAUCAUCACCAUUAAAUCCAUGAAAAACUCAAGGAUGAGUUCUUCCCUGGAGGGGGAGUAUGUCACCCUGAGGGAAGAUAAACAUCAUUUGGAAGAGAUUCCCAUGGACACGACAGAACCUACCAGCAAACUGAAGUUUUUGGAAGGACAACAUCACUUGGAGAUUCCGACAAAGAGCGAGGACCCUAAAAGCAGGACAAUGAUAGCCGUAGAACAACUCCGACAGGAUAUGGGAAAUGAUAUGGCCGAAUUAAAAAAGAAAGUUGAGAAUUUAGAGAAGGAGAAAGAAGGAUGGCAUAGAGAGAACCUGGAACUCACAAGAAGAGGAUACGGAGGAAAUACAUGGAGACAAACUGAUGUUGGUGGUCAACAAAUGGAUAGCGUGUUUGUGAGAAGAUCCUCACCUAUCCCAUAUCAUGAGCAGGAACACCAAAGUUCUGUUGGAGAAAACCAAACAUUUGUGGAACAUAAGGAACGAGAUAUCGACAAAAAAUUAGAGGCCCUCCGAAUGGAAUGUGAGCAACUUACUCGUGAGAAUAUGCAGAAAACCCAGGAGAUUAACAACCUGAAAUUACACCAAGAGAAAACGUCAAACAGGGUGGAAGAAUUGGAAGGAGAAUGUGGACAAUUACACAUGGAUAUGAAAAAUAAAGAUAUCCACACUGAGAGAGAAAUAAGCAGAAGUCAUGAAGAGUACAAAAAAUUGCAGAAUGAUGCUCAAAAUAAACUUUUAUCCAGAGAUAAAGAAAUCCAACGCCUGGAGGAGGAAAAGGCAGACGCAUUAAGAAGAUUGAGUACUUUAGCAAGCGCGAAACUGUCUGACAAUAAUCCUGACAUCACAGAUUUGAGUGAUAUGAACCGGCCCCAGAAGAUUGCGGAGAAGUACUCCGAACUGUACGACAAUGAAUGGACUGACUCAUAUGAGUAUCUCACCUCAAAUGGUCAGGAUCAUAAGAAAGCAGUGGCCAUCCUUCUUAAUAUGUUAGAGAGCUGUUUUCAAUACUGCAAGGCUGUUGGCAGACAACAGUAUGAUUACCUUUUCAUGAUUGCUUGUUCUCCAUCUUUUGACCAAAAGGACAAAGACUUGGGACCUGCCGGAGGUGCAGUACAGAUGGUUAGACAGAUGAUCACUCAGAAAGUUGUAGAACUAAGAAAAGUAGCAUUUCAACAAUCGCUUAAAGCGAUCAGGCAGACAUACAAGACGGACAAGGGGAGAGAUUUUGUCCAGUGGACAAAUAAGGAGAUCUCGUUAUACUUGGAUAAAUGCCUCGAGGUUUCCUGGUUGGCAUGUAUUCAGGAUCCACCUCUGGAAAUUGUUUCGGACUUUCCUCCCUUUUCCAAAGUUGAUUUAAACAUCGUUCGGAAAUACACCAAGAGUGGAGAAUACGUUGACUAUGUCAUCUGGCCAGCUUUGUUGCUUAGCGACGAUGGUGCGCUUUUGUCCAAGGGUGUAGUUCAAUGUACAUCACAGUUCAAGGAUGAUGGCGCCCAUCCACCACCGGCCGACCAGCAAAUGCGACAACGUAACUUCUCCAACCAGGAUGAUUACGUACAUGUGUAGACUGUUUAAGUCAUUGAACAAGGAUUCUUAGGAUGAUCAUGGACAUCAGAGUUUGUUUGAAUGAAGACUAGAAUUAAUUAUUAUACAAUAAUGAUUUUACAAAUAGAUCAUCUCAAAAUAAUUUUCGGAAUGAAUGGAAGCAUUAGAGGUUGAUUGGUAUGAUUUCAAUAAAAGAAACACCAAUAUUGCAAUUGUACAAUACUCAUAAAUGAAUCAUUUUCUUGUAGAUGGGGCUGUGAUACCCCAGUCAAUUAGAGCGUGUCGUCCACAUAACCUCCAAGGUGCAUGGUUUCACACUUUCUACCAGUGGCAGUCUGCACUUCAUUUCAAGAUCCAUCUUGGCCGGAGGUUUAGCUAAAACUUGCCUGAAAGGCUCCUGAAUAAGUCUUGACUAAGAGUUUUUAUUUCUGGGUUGGUCAGAUAACCAAGAUGGCCACUAUGGCUAACAGUACCACUAUGCUUACUUCUGAGUAUGUAUACUACAAUAGUACUAGGGUAAGAUGACAGUUAAGGCCAAUGGGCCUCUUGUUGGGUAGUAAGUUUGAUUUUUUAUAAAACUUCCAAAAAUGUACCCCCGAGAUAUUUUGAACCAUCAUGUUUAUCACAAUACCUUAACAUUUAUAUCUGUUAAAUAUUUAUAAAUUUCAAAUUAUACCAUCUGUCUUCUUAUGACUCUAGAUGUGUUGAGGAGGUUAAACACCUAAAACGAAACUUAUACCAUAAUCUUUUAAUACACUCCUAUAUUCACAUGACAUCAAUUAUUAUUACUGAUAUCUAUUUAAAUAACUGAAAAGUUGCAAAUACAAUAAAUAUAUUUUUGUAUAUACAUGUAUUUUAAUUUGAACUUUACAGCAAAUUUUUUGUAUAUUUUAAUCUGAAUAUUAUAUUUCUAUAUACAUUGUACAUGUACAUUUAUUUGGUCAUCUGACCUGAAGGAUCAGGAUGACCUAUAACCAUUGUGCUUCAUUAGUUGUUAUGUGCCAUAUGUACCAAACUUUUCAUAUUACCAACUUCUCAAGUUCCACCAGUGGGAUUCAGCUCUGACUUACCUGAAAUGAUCCUGACCAAGUAUUGUUAUUUUAGGGUUGGCCAAAAUCCAAGAUGGCCACCAUGGCAGCCAUCUUAAAAACACAUUUCAAAAUUCUUCUCCAGGUCACUGAGUGCCAUUGAUCUGAAAUUUGAUAGGGAUGUUAAGGAGUGGAGCCAACAAACAUUUUUUUUUUUUUUUUGGUUUCGUCAAAACCUUCACAUGGCAGCCUUUGCAAACAUUUUGUAACAUGAUUGUGCAAUCAUGGUUUUCCCUGAACACUUAUUUUAAACUUCUUCUCAAGUUCAAUGAGUGUGAUUCAGAUCUAACUUACCUGAAAUGAUCCUGAGAUGGUCCUGAUCAAGAGUUGUUACGUGGUAUUUUUCGAGUCGUCCAAAGAAAAAGAUGACUGAUAUGGCUAACAGUAUCACUAUACUUGGUACUGGGUAUGUUUACUACAAUAGUACAAACAUCGAUAGAGUCAGAUGACUGUUAAUGCCCACGGACCUCUUUGUAUGUACAUUUCUAUGGUUUUUCAUCACACAUCUCAUUUCACAAGGCUGAGUUUGUGUAGCCAAAUGUAUUUAUAACCACUUUGUAUAUCAGACAUGAUUUUGAGAUGAAAAUAAGCCAAAUAUCAGGCCCUGGUUAGAGAACCUUCGAAAACUCUUUGUUUGUUAAUGGAGUUAAGUUCUUAAUUCUUUAAUUAGAUUUCUGUUCAAAAGCAUUCCUACAUUAAUGGUAAUUUCAGUUAGGCAAAUCCUUUCCAAGAUGGCAGACGAUAGAAUUUUUUUACUAAAAAAUAAUUAUGCAUUCAAAAAUAGGGGAUAGGCAUAUCCCCAAAUAUGGUUCUAGUAUGCAGUGAAAAAUGUGAAAGGAACAGGGGUGGGGUUUGUAGGGGGUGGGCUUAUUCUCGAGCAUGGGCUUAUACCCUGUGAGAUAUUCAUGUAUGAAAUUUCUUGUCAUAUUACAUUCUUGAUGCACUGUGUAUAUCAGAACCUUUAUUAUGUGAUGUAUAGAUUUCCUGAUGAACUUAAUGUAAGGCUUUAUCAAUAAAGAAUCCUACAUAGA